AUGUUAAAAGUAUUAAUACUAACUAUCGCUUUUACAUCUGUCAUUUGCACAGGAAGUUAUGAAGUAAUUGAUAUCGAUGAAUAUUUCUCUCAAUAAAGCAAUGAUGAAAUUUAUGCUGCUGCUAGAUUAAAGUUGGAUUAAACUGUCCCUUAAGAUUUUCAAUUUUUAAAAGUAGAAUCAAUAGAGAGAUAAAUCGUUGCAGGAUUUAAUUAUAAAUUCUUUAUUACCUUCAAAAAUGAAUAGAGCAUACAUCUAUACAUGGUUCGUAUCUAUUAAGAGUAUUUCUUUAUUAUAAAAUAGCUUAUAAAAUAACCUUUAGGUUUAUGAACCAGAACUUAUUAACCAAAAAGAGUAUCUUUGAA